UUAACUGAAGAGAAAGAGGAAUGAAGCAACUCCUGCCUCUAUUUCUGCUUUUUAUAACAUUUUCUUCUGCAUUCCCUGCAGACCAAAAGGUGGAAAAUGAGGAAAACAUGCAACUGGCUCAGGCAUAUCUCAACCAGUUCUACUCUACUGAGAUAGAAGGGAGUCAUCUCAUUCAAAGCAAGAACAGGAGUCUCAUAGAUGGCAAAAUCCAGGAAAUGCAAGCAUUUUUUGGAUUGACAGUGACUGGAAAACUGGACUCCAACACUCUUGAGAUCAUGAAGACACCCAGGUGCGGGGUGCCCGAUGUGGGGCAGUACGGCUACACUCUCCCUGGGUGGAGAAAACGCAAGCUCACAUACAGAAUAAUGAACUAUACUCCAGAUAUGCCCCAAGCUGAUGUGGAUCAGGCCAUCCAAAAAGCUUUACAACUGUGGAGUAAGGUCACACCACUAAUGUUCACCAAGAUCUACAAGGGGGUUGCAGAUAUCAUGAUCGCCUUUAGGACUCGAGUCCAUGGUUGGUGUCCUCGUCAUUUUGAUGGCCCCUUGGGAGUCCUUGGCCAUGCCUUUCCUCCUGGUAGGGGUCUGGGUGGUGACACUCACUUUGAUGAGGACGAGAACUGGACAACUAAGAACACAACAGGAUUUAACUUGUUUCUUGUGGCUGCUCAUGAAUUUGGUCAUUCCCUGGGGCUCUCUCAUUCCAAUGAUGAAAGAGCAUUGAUGUUCCCAAAUUAUGUCACCCUGGAUCCUAGCAAGUACCCACUUUCUCAGGAUGAUAUCAAUGGAAUCCAAUCCAUCUAUGGAGGUCUACCUACAGCACCUGUCAAAACAAAAGGAACCAAUAUACCCCAUGCCUGUGACCCUAACUUGACUUUUGAUGCUAUAACCACUCUCCGCAGAGAAGUGAUGUUCUUUAAAGGCAGGCAUUUAUGGAGGAUCUAUUAUGAUAUUGCUGAUGUGGAAUUUGAGUUGAUUGCUUCAUUUUGGCCAUCUCUGCCAGCUGAUCUCCAAGCUGCCUAUGAAAACCCCAAAGAUACAAUUCUGGUUUUCAAAGGGGUUCGGAAAGCAGCACCGCAGCCUUUCCCACCACACAGCCUGCACAAGUUUGGACUUCUUAAACCAAACCUGGUGGCACAGGUCUCUGAGCCCAGCACGCUGGCAGGCUGA